AAAGGCGCGGGCCGAGGGCGAUGGUGGAGUAGAGCUGCCUCCCGGAGGCAGCAUGAGCUGAGAGGGGAGAGGAAGGAAGGAGGCGCUAGACAGCAUGGAGGACUUUCUGCUCUCCAAUGGGUACCAGCUGGGCAAGACCAUUGGGGAAGGGACCUACUCAAAAGUCAAAGAAGCAUUUUCCAAAAAACACCAGAGAAAAGUGGCAAUUAAAAUUAUAGACAAGAUGGGAGGGCCGGAAGGACAGAGACUGGCAGCGAGGACACAGCCAGGACUAGCAGAGGGCAGGAGCUGGUUCCAAGAGUUUAUCCAGAGAUUCCUGCCUCGGGAGCUCCAGAUCGUCCGUACCCUGGACCACAAGAACAUCAUCCGGGUGCACGAGCUGCUGGAGUCUGCCGACGGGAAGAUCUUCCUGGUGAUGGAGCUGGCCGAGGGAGGAGACGUCUUUGACUGCGUGCUUAACGGGGGGCCACUGCCCGAGAGCCAGGCCAAGGCCCUCUUCCGCCAGAUGGUCGAGGCCAUCCGGUACUGCCACGGCUGUGGCGUGGCCCACCGCGACCUCAAGUGUGAGAACGCCUUGCUGCAGGGCUUCAACCUGAAGCUGACUGACUUCGGCUUCGCCAAGGUGCUGCCCAAGUCCCGCUGCGAGCUGAGCCAGACCUUCUGCGGCAGCACAGCCUAUGCCGCCCCCGAGGUGCUGCGGGGCAUCCCCCACGACAGCAAGAAGGGUGACGUCUGGAGCAUGGGCGUGGUCCUCUACGUCAUGCUCUGUGCCAGCCUUCCUUUCGACGACACAGACAUCCCCAAGAUGCUGUGGCAGCAGCAGAAGGGGGUAUCCUUCCCCACUUCUCUGGGCAUCUCAGCCGAAUGCCAGGACCUGCUCAAGCAGCUCCUGGAACCUGACAUGACCCUGCGGCCUUCCAUUGAAGAAGUUAGUUGGCAUCCGUGGCUAGCAAGCACUUGAUAAGCACAGUGGCAAGUCGUUCCCAAUAAAGCAGGGAGAGCAAACUCCAAAGGCGCUUCUAAGCCGGUGACAUGUAUUUGCACUUUCAGUUGUCGCCCCUGCUUUCCCACACCCUCCCAGCCUGACUACUCCUCCCCUUAAAGAUCUUCAUGGAACAAAGGGCCUCACUCAGACUUCCCUUUUAUUACGGCUGACAAGUGAUUUUCAUACAGGUGUUUAAAGCUGAGAGAGACCCCAGCAUCAUACACACAGGGGUUGGAGAGGAGAGGACAGACGUGACCAUGAGCAGCAGGAACCACUGCAGUUGCAACUUCCUUUCCGAAUAAAAGCAGGCGCGUCGGGAAUGCAGAAAUGCCUCCUGACUCCUUUUCGGGGUGACAGGCUCGUUGAGGGCCCUGUCCCUUCCUCGCCCCAAAGGCCAAGCUGAGCCUGGGAGGAGGGCAAGGGGACUUCUUGGGGCCCGGGCUGUACCCGUGCAGCUAA